AUAUCACCAAAGUAAUAGACUUUCAAAUUCGCAAAAAUCCAUCAUUCGAUCUGGUGUUAGGACAAGAAUGGUUAUGGAUGCAUGAAGCAAAAAUAAGCUUUGAAUUUUUUCCCGAAGCCCAUAGCCACAAUGCUAAAAUUGUAAUAGAUGGUAUGAGCAUCCCAUUAAUCGAUAAAGAUUUUAACAUAAACAGUUUCACUAAAAAUAACUCAUCUAAUUCAGCGAAGUCUAAAGCUGGUCUAACUAAGGAUGAGAUUACGAAUAUGAUCAAUAAAAUCCUCUCAGAUGCUGAAAAUAAUAAGCGCCGAAAAAGGCAUCAUGGCAACAUAUCUCCUGUAUCUCAAAUACAUAGAAGAACUAGCAGGAUUAAGAAAUAUCCCAAGAUAGAUUUAGGCGAUGGAGGUGGAAAGUUACUAUGGGUAAAGUCAGAUUCUUUAGAUACUUCAGACUCAAGUGAUUCUUCUUCAUCUAGAUUGCAACUAGAAGUUAUAGAUAC